AUGGCGAAGUUUAAGAUGAAAGUUUACCAGCAGUGGCUGCUUUUUGUUUUGUUUCUUCCUUUGUCAAGUGUUUUAUGUUUCAGCGAGUUGUCCUUCAUCACAGAGCCCAGUGAUGUUAUUGUACUACCAAAGGACCCUGCUGUGUUGGACUGUCAGGCUCAUGGGCAGCCUCCAGUCUCAAUCAAGUGGCUGAAGAAUGGGGUUCGGUUGGCAGAAAGUGAGCACAUACAGUUUCUGCCCAACGGCUCCUUGUACAUACCAAAGAUAAAACAUACCAAGGAGGAUUCAGAUGAAGGAUUCUACCAGUGCCUCUCCCAGAACAAAUAUGGAGCUAUCCUAAGCCAAAGAUCACAUUUGACUAUCGCAAGUAUCUCAGAGUUUGUGUUGCAUCCUGUGCCUAUGGCGGUGACUGAGGGGUCAGUGGCACGGUUCUCCUGUGCGGUCACCUCCAGCCCUCCUGCCACCAUCACCUGGGAGCUCAACCAAAGCACGUUACCACUACAGACGGACAGAAUUACCGUUUUGCCCAAUGGAGUCCUUCAGAUUCACAAUGUACAACUGGAAGAUGCUGGACAGUACCGAUGUGUGGCAACUAACAUCGGUAGCCGUUUAAGGAGUCGAGGAGCCAUGUUAACAGUCAACCAAGGUGCUGGUCCUAAACCACGUCAGAGGCCCAGAAUCAUUGCUGGACCUCAGAACGUCACAGUUUCUCUUCAUCAAACUGUGGUGCUGGAGUGUGUGGCCACGGGCAACCCCUGGCCCAUCAUCUCCUGGAGCCGUGCUGACAGUAAACCCAUUGAUGUGUACAAUGCAAAAGUGCUGGGCAAUGGGAACCUGGUUAUUAGUGAUGUCAGUUCCAAGCACAGUGGAGUCUACCUCUGCAGGGCCACCACCCCUGGAACCCGCAACUACACUAUUGCUGCAGCUAACCUCACGGUUCUAGAGCCACCAUCCAUUGUUGAGAGGCCUGAGAGCCAGACCCGUCCAAGAGCAGGCACUGCUAGGUUUAUGUGCCAAGCAGAGGGAGUGCCCCCACCACACAUCAGCUGGCUAAAGAAUGGAGAAGAGGUUCACUUAAAUGGAAGGAUUAAAAUGUAUAACAGUAAAUUGGUGAUUACCCAGAUCAUCCCUGAGGAUGAUGCCAUCUAUCAAUGCAUGGCAGAAAGUGAACAGGGUUCAGUGCUGUCCCUGGCUCGCCUUAUUGUUGUCAUGUCAGAGGACAGACCCAGUGCACCAAGAAAUAUCCAUGCUGAGACCAUCUCAAGCUCUGCUAUCUUACUGGCCUGGGAGAGACCACUCUACAAUGCAGACAAAGUCAUUGCUUACUCCAUCCAUUACAUGAAGGCUGAAGGGCUAAACAACGAGGAAUACCAAGUUGUUAUUGGCAACGACACGACCAGUUAUAUCAUCGAUGACCUUGAGCCAGCUCGAAACUACAGCUUUUACAUCGUGGCUUAUAUGCCAAUGGGAGCCAGUCGUAUGUCAGACCAAGUCAGUCAACAUACCCUGGAGGAUGUGCCUUUGCGUACCCCAGAGCUUAGUCUGACCAGCUACAGCUCAACAGAUAUCCAGGUGAACUGGCAGCUGCUCCCAGCUAAAGUGAGCCGUGGUCGGGUGUCUGCAUACAGACUAUCCUAUCGUACAGCUGCAGACAACACUGUCACCUCUGUGGAGCUACCUCAGAAUAGCACUGAAUAUCUGCUGGAGGGUCUGCAGCCUGAUACCAUCUAUCUGCUCCGUAUGGCUGCAGCCACCCGUGUGGGCUGGUGUGAGCCUUCAGCAUGGACUUCGCACCGUACACCUAAGACCUCCAGUAAUAAAGUGCCUUCAGCCCCUAUUCUUCAACUUGAGCCGCUUAACUGCACCUCCAUUGUGGCACGCUGGCAAACCUCCCCAGAAUCUGUGGCUGUCCAGGGUUACCGGCUGUGUUACCAUGAGGAAGGCCAACCAGAGCAGCCCAACAUCCAACUGCAGGCUCAAACCUUUACCUACACCAUCAGUGGCCUUGAUCCGAGGAGAAAGUAUCAUGUGAAGAUUCUAGCUGUCGGUCAAGCUGGAGAUGGUUAUCAAACAGACCAAACAGUCAGUACUCCGGGAUGUGUGUCGGCUAGAGACCAACUGGCAGCAGCCCCUCCAUCUCCAGAUCACGUGACUGUCUUGGCCAACAAUUCAUCUGCAGUGUCCCUGCGUUGGAGCCGUCCUGCUUUCCCCUCCGGAAAGACUGUUAGCUAUACAGUCCGCUGUACACCUGUGGGCACCCACAACGCCUCUGCCAUACGCUACAUACAAACUACCAAGCAGAGCGUGAUGGUUCAGAAUCUGGACUCAAACACUCGCUAUGAGUUUGUUGUGCGUCUCCAUGUGGACCAGAUGUCGAGUCCCUGGAGUUCUGUUGUUUACCACCGAACCCUGCCAGCAGCACCUAGCCACCCUCCUGCAGGACUGCGAGUAACUCUGAUUGAGGAUGACACUGCUCUGGUGUCCUGGAGGGAACCCACAGAGUCCAAUGUGGUGGUUACACACUAUACCAUCCUGUACGCUUCUCAGAAAGCCUGGCUGGCUGGACACUGGCAAAUAAUGCAAAGGGAGGGAAGCCAUACGAUGGCCCUGCUGGAGAAGCUGGAGCCGGGGAACGUAUACCUGGUGAAGAUCUCUGCCUCCAAUCAGGUCGGUGAUGGGCCUUUCUCUAACAUUGUGGAGCUGGCAUUGAAGCGUGGAAACACCCACAGGAGCAAGAACCCCAGGCACUCUGACAGCUCCCCGGACACAACAGUGUACUCUGAUGGUCUGUACCAUAUAGACCAGAGGUCAAUGACAGGGAUCAUUGUUGGUGUGAGCAUCGCCUUGACCUGUAUUGUUAUGUGUGCCUUGAUCCUCAUCAGCAAGGGCCGACCAAGAAAAUCCUCCAGCCACAAAGUCGUUGCAGUAGGCGCUGGUGAAGGUCCAGAUGUUGGUAUGUCCCUGCCCAAUGAGCACCAUACAGAGAAUGUCGAGGCACUUAUACCCAUGAUAAGUCGCCACUUUCUAGAUGCCAAGGGUGGAUCUAAUAUGGUCAUAAAUAGUGCCGGUCCAGUCAGCAACAAGAAUCAAAGCAAGAGGUGGCUGCUCUUCAAGAGGGAGACCAGGAAUCCAGUGCAAAGUGAUGUGGAGAGGAGAGCCAGUUUGUAUGAGACUGGCAAAACUGUUCUGAGGUAUGACGAGAAUUUAAGCUCAGCGCCCCUGCCUCCUUCUUCCCGGGAGAUCAUCUAUGGACCACUUCACUCGGAGAGCUCUCACACCAGUGAGGGCAGCCAAGAGACGGGAGACUCUGGACACUACUCCAACGAAGAAAGCAACGAAGAGAUGAGCAACCCUUCGUCAAGCCAGGGCUCCAGACCAGAAUCUUUUGGGGAAGAUGAUGGUACCACUGUUGCUGAGAUGAAGCAGUCUUUUGAAGUGGAAAAUGAGGAGAUGUUGAGUCAUCCCGCCCAUCAUUCCGCCCCUGAUGCUUCCCGGCUCUGCUACACCUUGGAGGGCUCUCAUCCUGCCCUGCACACGUCCCAAGCAGCUGGAUCCUGACAUCACCCGGCCUGUUGUCUGCUCUGCAGCAGCCGAAGCUACAGCACUUCUUCCUUGUUUUCUUCCCGAGUUGAGCGACAUGGUUAUUUCCUGAGGCACAAGGGAUCAGGAAGCCAGCUGCUGGGAUGGAGGAGAUGUGUUUUUGCUUCGGAUCUACCUCAGGAUUUUGUAUGAAUGUUUAUUAUAACAUUUUAUUUCCUUUUUUUUUUUACAACUUUCUACCUGUUUACCUGUGUUUGGCGUUGUCUGUCCUAAA